UACAACUAGAGACACCGUUUCCGGCGCUCCAUGUGCGAGAAACGCGGGCUCCACAGCUCUCUAGGCCAGCGGCGGCAGGCACACACAGGCACGCACAAGCAAGCACACAUGCAGAGAGAAGAACAGAGCAGAGAAAGAUUGCGUUAGUAGCAGCAAGAAUAGAGCUGACUCGAAUAAACGCGAAACGGACUGCAGACGCUCUAUGCGCGGACGCCUACUCGCCCCCCCUCUAGCUUAGACGCGCCAUUUUACCACCGAAAUUGACCGAAUUGGCGCUGUUCGCGAUUGCCGCCGCCCGUUGACCGUUCUCCGCCGAUCGCUGCCGACCGUCGCGACGGGUGGUCGGUGAUCGCCAACCACCGGCGGUUGCUGAGAAAGUGCCUCCAGUCCGCGACGGUUGUUGCUACGAGUCAGCCACCACGCUUCGCCGUUGACUCAGGUUGACUCGUGGGAAGGAAGAGAGGGAAAGAGAGGAGAAAAUAGCACAAGGAAGAGAGAUAGAGAGAGAAAGGAGGGUUAGCCGCAGCGAGGAACAAGCCGACUCAAGCCAGAAACGGACUGCAGACGCUCUAUGCGGCGAUGCCUAGUACUCGUCCCCCCAGCAGAAUUUCUCCGCCACUUACCACGGGAAAGAUGCUCGCGCUGACGAAUCGGCGGUAUGAAGAGUGACUCGUCUCGGGGGUCGGCGCAUCGCUACGUGACGACGAAGACGACGCAGCGCGGCGAAGUCGAUGCAAGUCGAUACUCGCGAAUCGAGGCCCAGAGAGUUGACGGCUCGGCGCGUUGGAGUCGCUGUAAGACGGCCGAGCACGAGUCUGCACACCAACGCAAGAGAACUAUUAAUCCAGGGACGAAAGAACUAGUCGUAAAACGGAGACUGCUAAUCGAAGAUUUACGUCGUGAUGCGAAAUUGUAGGAGAAAAGUCUAGAUUGACGCGAAAUCGCCAUUGCGCGGGUGCUUUCGCGGAGGCCGUCUUAGCGUCCAUUUUCCGCACGGCGAGAAGCGUGAGAGACAACGAAAUGCGAAUCGAGACGGUGUAAGUUGACGGAGGCCUCCUCUCGAAACCCAGCGGAUGGAGCAGCAGCAGAGCUUGCGAGGCAAGGAGCAGAAACUGAGAGCCUAGGCAGUGGAAUGUGGAGGGAGCAGUGGGAAAUGUGGGAUAGUAGUGGGAAGCCCUGGUCUCUCGAGCCAGUACUGGGAAGGCUGACGGGCGAAUGAGGCCAGAGUUUGCCUGGGGGACUCCCAAAUCGAAUGCACACGGGAGGGCACUGCGGCUGCCUGGGGUUGGGUUGUACGCCGCUGGGAGCCGCGGGUUUGGAGGUAUGGCGCGGCGACAGACUAAAGUUAGGAGGGAAAUGAGAGGGUGUGUCAAAAUAGGCGGCUGUGGCGAAAGUGGGAGGAGAGUGGACAACCUUGUUACCUGGGAGAGAUUUCCGUCUGUGCUGAAUUACAGGUAUGACGACUGGUGUACGAAGACGUGCGACUGAUAUUGGUGAAGCUUUUCGCCACGACACCUUUUCGCUAACUAGGUUCAAUGUUUCAAGGCUUUUGAGCUUCUGACAGUGUGGCAGUGUGGGCUUUGAGGGGUUGGGUGUGGUUCUGUUCGGUUGGGUUUGGCGAAUCGCCCUGACGGUCACAGCUCAACGGGAAACGUGACUGAAGCCGCCAAGAGGCGGCGAAUUUGACUUCGCAUACAGGUUUCGCUUUCCUGCCCAAAGUAGCGGUGGGUGCUAACGACCACCCAUUUGUUUGUCGCACCCAGAAAUUUGCGGCUGCGGCGAAUCCUGGCGAUGUUUGGCUGUCGCAAGACCUGUUUCUGCUGAUUCGAUUGUGCUAACCUCGAUAUACAUUUUAGAUUCGGCUUGAAGCCGCUUUGUAUAAGAUUGCG